CCUCGGCUCACCUCUUUUCCGGGGCGGGACUUCCUGUCCAUCACAUCUAGGCGCCGGGCUGCAGGACUGGUAGGAGGCCGGGACUGGAAGGCUCCGCCUCCGGCGUCCUGUGGCCAUGACGACCGCUUCUCGGGACUCUGUGGUGUGGAAGCUCGCGGGGCUGCUGCGGGAGUCCGGGGAUGUGGUCCUGUCUGGCUGUAGCACACUGAGCCUGCUGACUACCACACUGCAGCAACUGAACCGUAUAUUUGAGCUAUACCUGGGGCCAUGGGGUCCUGGUCAGACAGGCUUUGUGGCUCUUCCCUCCCACCCCGCCGACUCCCCCAUCAUCCUCCAGCUUCAGUUCCUCUUCGAUGUGCUGCAGAAAACGCUUUCACUCAAGCUGGUCCAUAUCCCUGGUCCUGGCCUCCCAGGGCCCAUCAAGAUCUUUCCCUUCAAGUCUCUUCGGCAGCUGGAGCUCCGAGGUGUCCCCCUCCACUGCCUGCAUGGCCUUCGUGGCAUCUACUCCCAGCUGGAAACCCUGAUUUGUAGCAAGAGCAUCCAGGCACUAGAGGAACUCCUCUCAGCCUGUGGUGGUGACCUUUGCUCUGCCCUCCCCUGGCUGGCUUUGCUUUCUGCCGACUUCAGCUACAAUGCGCUCACCGCCUUGGACAGCUCCCUGCGUCUCUUGUCAGCUCUGCGCUUCUUAAAUUUGAGCCACAAUCAAGUCCAGGACUGCAAAGGCUUCCUGAUGGAUUUGUCUGAACUCUACCAUCUGGACAUCUCCUAUAAUCGCUUGCACUUGGUACCAAGAAUGGGACCUUCAGGAGCUGCUCUCGGGAUCUUGAUACUGCGAGGCAAUGAGCUUCGGAGCCUACAAGGCUUGGAGCAACUGAGGAACCUGAGACACCUGGAUGUGGCAUACAACCUGCUGGAAGGACACAAGGAGCUGUCACCUCUGUGGCUGUUGGCUGAGCUCCGCAAGCUCUACCUGGAGGGGAACCCUUUGUGGUUCCAUCCUGCCCAUCGUGUGGCCACCGUCCAGUACUUAUCACCCCGGGUUAGGGAUGCUGCCCACAGCUUCCUUCUUGAUGGCGAGGUCUUGUCACUGAAGGAUUUUCAGACCCCUGCAUCUUCAGGGCUUGGCCCCAUGGUCCUACCUCUGCCCUGGCCGGUGGGGAGUACCACUGAAACUUCAGGUGGUCCUGAGCUGAGUGAUAGCCUCUCUUCAGGGGGCAUCAUGGCCCAGCCCCUGCUGCGUAAGGUUAAGAACCGAGUCCGGGUGAGGCGGGCAAGCAUCUCAGAGCCCAGUGAUACAGAUCCGGAGCCCCGAACUCUGGAUCCCUCUCCUGCCGGGUGGUUUGUACAACAGCAUCGGGAACUCGAGCUCCUGAAUAGUUUCAGGGAGCGGUUUGGCUGUGACUGGCUGCAGUAUAGGAACCACCUGGAGACUUCUGGGAGCCCCCAUCUGGCCACGUCCAAGACUCCUGACCUUAGCACCCCUCUGCUGGAUGCUCUGGGUCCAGAGACUCUACCUGGUCCCCUGGCCCCAGAGAAGGAAGCCAGAGGUCCUGAGGAAUCACCACAUAAAAUGUCUGAAGAGGGUAGGGUGGAGCUGGAGCCCCAAGAGGAAGAUAGGGAGGAAGAGGAAAAAGAAGAGGGAGCAAAGGAGGGACAGGAGGAAGAAGAGGAACAGGAAUGGAAGGAAGUAGAAGCGGAGCUCUGCCGCCCUAUGUUGGUGUGCCCUUUGCAAGGGCCUGAAGGUGUGCAGGGCCGGGAAUGCUUUCUCCGGAUCACUUCCACCCACUUGUUUGAGGUAGAACUCCAGGCAGCUCGAACCUUGGAGCGGCUGGAGCUGCAGAGUCUGGUAGUGGCUGAGCUAGAGCCCGAGAUGAGAACCCAGAGAGAGGCGGUGCCUGAGGGCUCAGGUCUGCUUCCUGGGGCCCCCAUACUUGUGUUGCGCUUUUCCUAUAUUUGCCCUGACCGGAAGUUGCGUCGCUAUGUGGUUCUGGAAUCUGAUGCUCAUGCAGCUGUCCAGGAGCUACUUGCUGUGCUAACCCCUUUCACCACUGUGGCACAGCAGCAGCUUAGGGAGGCCAGGGACCCACUGGGGACCAGAUUCCAGUGUCUGCGUUGUGGCUGUGUGUUCAAGCCAGAGGAGACUGGGUUGGGACCGGAUGGUGAGGAAGGCUGGAGGCCUUUGUUCCAAAAGACAGAAUCUCCUGCUGUGUGUCCUAGCUGUGGUAGUGACCAUGUGGUUCUCAUGACUCUGUCUGAGGAAACCUCCAACAGGGAGCAGAAUCAUGGACAACAGUCACCAGUUUCCUCUCAGUCUUCUAGUCCUGUCUGUGACACUCCUGGCCACAGUGACCACCCCAGCAGUGCUGAUAUCGUCCCACCUCAGGCACCUAUCUCCCAUGGCCACAGCAGCUGGAGCCUCAGUCCAUCCCCUGAGCGCUGUGGCCUCCGCUCUGUGGACCACCGACUCCGGCUUUUCCUGGAUGUGGAGGUGUUCAGCGAUGCCCAGGAAGAGUUCCAGUGCUGCCUCAAGGUACCAGUAGUAUUAGCAGGUCACUCUGGGGAAUUUCUGUGUCUUGUGGUCGUGUCUGAUCAUAGGCUUUACCUGUUGAAGGUGACAGGGGAGAUCUGCGGGCCUCCAGCUAGCUGGCUCCAGCCGACCCUGGCCAUUCCCCUGCAGGAUCUGAGUGGCAUGGAGCUGGGCCUGGCAGGCCAGAGCCUACGGCUGGAGUGGGUGACUGGUGUGGGUAGCUGUGUUCUGCUACCCCGAGAUGCCAGGUGUUGCCGGGCUUUCCUGGAAGAGCUCAUUGGUGUCUUGCAGUCUCUGCCCCCUACCCAGAGGAACUCUGUCAUUGCUACAGAGGAGGAGGUAACCCCGCAGCACCGGCUCUGGCCAUUGUUGGGACAAGUCGCUUCCUCAGAGGCUCCCCAGUUCUUCUAUCUUCGGGCAUUCUUGGUUGAAGGUCCCUCUACCUGCCCUAUUUCCCUGUUGCUGACGCUGACGACUCUUUACCUGUUAGAUGAGGACCCUGCAGGGUCCCAGGAAGAGCCCCGACUCGCAGGAGCAUCUGGUGAAGCCUCUGAGAAGGCCCCUCCCUUGGUCCUGGGCCCUUCUGUGCAGGUCAGGGAGCAGCAGCCACUCAGCAGCCUGAGCUCUGUGCUGCUCUAUCGGUUGGCCCCUGAGGACCUGCAGCUGGUCUUCUAUGACGAGGUGUCUCGGCUGGAGAGUUUCUGGGCACUCCGUGUUGUAUGUAAGGAACAGCUGACAGCACUGCUGGCCUGGAUACGGGAGCCCUGGGAGGAGUUGUUUUCCAUUGGACUUCGAACUGUGACCCAGGAGGCUCUGGACCUGGACCGAUGACUUCCACGCUGACCCUAGCCCUGACCUCAGGAGCUAGGCUGCAGAGAUUCCCUCUCUUGGUCUCCGAAUCUGUCUUCCAGACUCUGAUUGUAGACUUCUCCAGUCUUUGGGCAUUUUUCAGUGACCUAUGGCUGAAGGGAAGGACAAGAAAAAUGAUCUGGCCUGAGGGGACAGGCUAAAUGGUCAGUGGGAAUGUUUCUCACACACUUUUUCUCAGGUAUGAAUAAAGUAGUUUGUAUUGCA